AUGGCCCGAGAGUCACAAAAAGCCAAGUCAUCACCCUCGUCAACCACUACAUCAGAUAACAAGAUACCCGACCGGCUUUCAAAAGUCUUCAUUGCCUCUAGCGUUAUUGGACUCGGUGUUCUGGGAUGGGGCGCCUACCUGUCCUAUCAGCACAGGGACAACAUGGUCAUGUCGCUGUAUCGCAGACUAGAUGGCACGCUAUUCCAACCAUCAUAUCUACCCAUCCAGACAGCGGACGAGAUUCGCCUGUUGAUACUGGAGCCCGGGAAAGGCAACGACGCCAUCCGGUGCCGGUUGAAACAUGUAUCGCUCUCGGACAACCCCAAGUAUGAGGCGUUGUCGUAUGUUUGGGGGAAUCCCAACAAGCAAGGCUACAUCUACUGCGACGGGAAACGAGUGAGAAUCGGAAAAGAGCUCUUCAAUGCACUUGGGUCGCUGAGGGAAUCAGAUCGUGAGCGGGUUAUCUGGGCCGACGCGCUGUGCAUUAACCAGGGCGAUAACAUUGAGAAAGGAAAGCAGGUUGACAUUAUGGGGGGUAUCUAUGCUAGCAGUCAGCAUGUCUUGAUUUGGCUGGGGGUACCGACUAGUCGGACGGAUGGUGCACUCGAAGCCCUGAGAGAAGUUGACAGGUACUUGAAGCGAAUUGCUAGAGGUUAUAAAGAUGGCUCUUUUGACUGGCUCCGGCCCCAGUAUGCACCACGGUUCAGCCAAGGGGAGCUACAACAACUAUGUCAGUAUGACUGGGCCUCGAUAUUCACCUUGUUAAAGCACCCUUGGCCCCGUCGUGUGUGGACACUUCAAGAAAUGGCAAAAGCCCCAGCAGCGAUCAUGGUCCAUGGAAGGCAAAGUAUCCCUGCUUGGGACUUCUUUCGCCCGUUGACUUAUGUCGUGUGCGCGGUCCAAGGCCCGGAAAUCGCUGCGCAUUACAGCAACACGGGAGCUUCUAUAGAAACCAUCCAGAAUUUUACCGUUGCUGGAUUCGAGAACAUGAUGAGCUAUCAAGUAAAACCACUCCUCCAUAUGGUCGCUGCCCAUGCCACUACAAGAGGCGCAACAAACCCUAGAGAUCGGAUUUACGCAUUUCGCAGCGUGUCAACUGAUCACGACCUGUCGGACUGGGAGCUCCUCCCUGACUACGACGCCUCAGUCGAGGAAGUCUAUUCCCGCUUCGCAAGGUGGUGUUUGCUCAAGAAGAAGAAUCUGGCCUACCUGAGCUACGCAGGUCUCCCAGACCAACAUGAAGGCCCUCCUCUCAUUGGAGACUUCCCCAGCUGGGUCGCGGACUGGACUCGAGUAGUAAGAGUAGGGUUUCAACAUACUCUUUCAGCUGCUCCCGAGCCAUACAAAGCCGGGUCAGCCUUAGACCCGACCAUCGUUUGGAACCCGAAUCAGCCUCGAUUACUCUCUAUCAAAGGACGAGUGGUUGACGCCGUUGCCGAGGUGGCAGUAACCCGCGCAGACUUGCUCGAGUAUUACAUUCGAUCUGUUCAUUCCCCGGCCCAGAAGUACGAGGUACCCUUGUUCCUGAAGCUCGUCGCUCGUCUAUUCCCAUUCAGUACACGCUUACUACAAGGUCUCCAAGAAGCCCAACAGACAGUCUCCAGAUACGGUCCGGUCAAGGGACCCACACAUAUGUUAGUAGACGUGAUAUGGAUAGAGAACUGCAAAGCGAUCGCCACGCAGGGCAUGAGCCCUAUCUCACGCGCCCGCUUUGAUUCCUUCUGGCGGACCAUGAUCAGAAACCGAACAGUCCUGGGCGAGGAAAAGACACCCCGCAACUCUGGAAAGAUAUUCGACGAAUACCUCCACUUCCUGAAUCUAGUCCGCGACGGCAAGCACUGGGCCCCUCCAAGCCCGGGAACGGUAGUUGCCCGCCAUGAGGGAAAUCCACCCAUUAGUCCACCAGCAAUCAGCAUAGAAAACUCGGAAAUAAUGAAAACGAGACGCUUGAUGCAUCAAUACUGGGGCGGGAUUAUCCACAAACGCUUUUGCUCCACCACGGAGGGACGACUGGGCUGGGUUCCUGAUCGUGCCCGACCAGGAGAUUUGAUUUGUAUCUUCGAUGGCGCUACGGUACCUUAUGUGAUCCGACCAAGGACUGAGGAGGGGUCGGGAAAGCUCUCGCUUGUAUACACAUACUGGUAUCAUCAGUUAUCUGGGUAUCUACUAUCACCGGCACAGGAGGUUAACCCGGGCCCGGAAUACGUCCUCGUUGGAGAAUGCUACGUGGAUGGACUGAUGGAUGGUGAGGCCCUGGAUCUGGAGUCUAGGUUUAUUACAUUAUCUUAG